GUGAAGAUCCUGUGAAGGUUUAUAUGGUUUAAUUUGUGAGGCCUUCAAUCCAAGAGAAGUAGGAGAUGGAUAUGGGCUUUUCUUUGAUGGCUUUCACAGCUUUGAUGGGUGGCUUUGUUGCAAUGUGUUGGUUGGUGAAGAGUGCAAACGAGUGGUAUUAUGUGUGUAAGUUGGGUGGAAAGCAGUGCUCUCUCCCUCCUGGCGAUAUGGGCUGGCCUUUAAUUGGGAAUAUGUGGGAUUUUCUCUUUGCUUUUAAAUAUGGUGACCCUGAUUCAUUCAUCACCAACCUUGUUUCCAGAUUUGGUGACACCGGAGUGUACAAGGCCUAUAUGUUUGGAAACCCAAGCAUCAUUGUGACGAAGGCUGAAACAUGCAGGCGAGUGUUGAUGGAUGAUGAAAGAUUUAAACAAGGGUGGCCUAAAUCCACUUGUGAAUUAAUGGGGAGGAAGUCAUUUUUGGGUGUUUCGGAGGACGAGCGGAAGCGGCUCCGCCGGGUAACUGCAGCACCGAUCAACGGCCACAAGGCACUAUCUAUGUACCAGGAGUACAUCAAAGACAUUGUAGUAAAUUCACUAGAUGAAUGGGCUAAGGCUGAGAGACCCAUAGAGUUCUUGACAGAGAUAAGGAGGAUCACCUUUAAAAUUAUUAUCUAUAUUUUUUUGGGCAGAGAGAUUGAUCCAAUGAUGAAGACGUUGGAGGAGGAGUAUGUUAAUCUAAAUCAGGGAUUAAGAUCCAUGGCCAUCGAUCUCCCUGGCUUCGCUUUCCACAAGUCACUCAAGGCUCGACGAAAGUUAGUGAAGAUCCUUCAAGCUGUUGUAGAUGAAAGAAGGGCAAGAAAAAGAAAUGAUUCGAAGAGUGAUGAGAAGAAGGAUAUGAUGGAGUUGUUGAUGGAAGUUGAAUAUGAGAAUGGAGAAAAGUUGGAGGAUGAAGAGAUAAUAGACGUAAUCCUCAUGUACUUGAAUGCUGGCCAUGAAUCCUCAGCCCAUGCCACAAUGUGGGCAACCCUCUUUUUACAUCAGCAUCCAGAAUGCCUGCACAAAGCCAAGAGAGAACAAGAGGAGAUUAUUAGACGAAGACCACCAUCAGAGAAAGGAUUAAGCUUUAAAGAAAUCAAACAAAUGGAAUAUCUUUCCAAGGUAAUUGAUGAAACGCUGCGAGCAGUUAAUGUUUCAUUGUUUACUUGUCGGGAGGCAAAAACUGAUGUUAGCAUCGGUGGUUAUACAAUACCCCAAGGAUGGAAAGUGUUAGUUUGGUUCAGAGGAGUUCAUAGGGAUCCAGAAUAUUAUCCGAAACCCAAUGAAUUUAAUCCUUCAAGAUGGGAUGAAAAUAAACCCAAAGCAGGAAGCUUUAUUCCCUUUGGAACAGGAAGUAGGCUGUGCCCCGGAAGUGAUCUGACGAAGCUUGAAAUUUCUAUUUUUCUUCAUUAUUUUCUCCUUGAUUACGAGCUUGAAGCACUUAAUCCGGGAAGUGCAGUGAAAUACUUACCUCAUACAAGGCCCAUGGACAAUUGCCUGGCCAAAAUCAACAAGCUCUCAUCAUCAUCAUCAUCAUCAUGUUCACAUAAAACAUUAUUCUAAGCACUAAAAGCAUGUAAUUUGGAGAAG